AUGAACAACCUGUUUGAAGAGCAGGGAUUCACAUAUCCGCAGUCGGCCGCUGUAGCAUCACCGCCGGACCAGGCAUCGGUUGCUGCCACUGCCUAUUCAGGUACUCAACUUUCGCAGACUAAGCGCCAGAAUUCCAUGAGUGCUUACAACAACAAUCCAUCGCUGAAACGCGCUGCAAACCCGUUGCAAAUGCAAUUUCAGAUGCAGACUAGCAAUUCAACUGCUCAAUCUUUCCCUUCAGCGACUCCUCCCGCAGCUCCUGCUCGUUUCCCCACCGCAGCUUCGUCUCGUCGAAAUGCUCGUAAAUCGGGCCAGUACCUCGCGGGUCAGGCAAUCAAAACCCCAACUCCAACCACUUACGAGAUUCCACUGAGUCCUAAUGCUAAUCUUGCCAUUCAAAACAAUCUGGACCUGACGGGCUCGAGUCCCAUGGUGGAUCAACAGGUAUCUGGGACUACAAAUAAGGAUGCGUCCACGCGACUUCCUGGCUCGCUGCUGAACUCGAAUAUGGGUGUUCUGCAAGGUCAACAAUCCGUCCAGCAGCCUCAGCAAGCUCAACAGAAUCAGCAACCUCAGCAGAUUCAACCACCUCAGCAACCUCAGCAACGAGCAAUGUCCGACGAAGAACAGCAGCUCGCAACGAAGUUAAAGGAGACUUAUAAGAACAUUGUUAACUUUGAGGAGGUAGUUCAAAAGAGCUGCAUUGAGUUGACCAUGAGAAUUAACCAGAACAAUUUCACCAGUUUGAAUUCUCCCUACACAUCGUCCAUGUACGGCCAGCAGCAGUCACAGCAUUUACCUGGCUCUCCAGCUCUGUUUCAGUCUGCCGUAUCGACAAGCUCUACCGAAUUAUCUAAUAACUUGUGGACUAUCUAUCACCAUAAUGUGACGUUGUUGAACAACUACUACGAUUUUCUCAUCACUGCUCUCAAGCCGACCGCUAAUUCCACCCAGUUCAAGACAGGGAAGAACAUUGUUGACCUCUACAAGAUACCACGACGCAUGUGGGUUUACGGUAUAGUCGGGUUCUUGGAGGUGCUUAAGAACAUCAUGAGUAUUUUCCUGGACCACGAGAUCUAUCUGUGUUUUAUUGCAUACUGUUUCAGCAUCGUCUCAAACUUGACCGAUCCAGCCCUUGAGAUGGAGGGUUGGUGGUGUGAGAAACUUGGUGACUUGUCUCGUAUGGCCAUAGCCCUCUAUGCCUCGCGUUUCAUUGAUUGGAAAAUCAGCGCCGAGUACUGGUACUCGGUAGCAAUGAAAACGAUGUAUGGACAUGGAAAAAUCUAUUAUCAUAUAUGUACUGUGCAGCAGGACAACUUGGAUGCACUCGUUAACAUCGGGAAAUCUGUUAUCUGUCGUGACCCAUUUGUCCCAACACAACAAUAUUUGCGUUUGGUCGUUGAGAACAUUUGCACUCAGCGUAACAUCCUUUCUUUGCUAGAGUUGCCGAUCAUCGACUUUAUCAAGAUUCACAAGGUUCUCUUGAGUAUCCACACUAAUUCCAUUAACGCUAAUGAAGCGUCGCACCAAACAGAGAAUAUCCAUGAUUCACAGUUACAAUACGGAAUUGAUUUGGUAACACGAUAUGGUCUCACUUUUGGUUGUGAUUCUCAUGGUUUUAACUUCUUCACGAGAACUUUCUGUAUUCCAGGUGCCACACAUAACAAGUACGGUGCAGAUCCAUUCAACCAAUAUCUCAAGCAACAGCAUGAACAAGAUCAGCAAAGCAAUACUUUAGACACCCUCGAAAAAAUGAAUUUCUGGUUCAACAAGGGCUCACUAUUUGCCAUUGCCAAUGUGAAUCACUUAAUUGGUUUCGGUGAUCCAAAAAAUCCUUUCGCAAAAAUCUUCCAACUACCUGAGGCACUCAAAGAAAGGAAAGAUAAGAAAGAAAGAAAGCGCAAGUCUAAAUCUCAAGGCUCUCAGGAGGAUUCGACGGAAAUGGGUGCUAGUCUCUCUAAUAUGAGUGGAGCCGAGGGUCAGUUUUUAGUUGCUUCUGAGCUUUCUAUAACUGACUGGUUCUAUUGCUUGACUUACAUUAACAAGUCGGUUUUAGAACUCUCUUUCCGUAUCUUAAAUCACUAUUUAAUUGGUCCCAAGCUGGUAUCAACAUGCCAUGUGAUCGUGUGGUUGUAUUUUCUCAUUGCAGUGGGAGAAGCUUCUAAUAAGUAUCCUAACUCCAAGAGCAUGUUCUUGUGGUUGUUCCGCAAGUUUUUUCCCUGGGAGUCACUUAUUAACUAUUUGAACACCUUGGUGGCUGUCACGACUAACAACCCCAACUUGAACGGUAUGUGUCGCAACUAUUUACUAAACCAUCCAAAUUAUCUCCAAUACUUCAAUGAAAACGAAUUUUUGCCAGAAGUCUGGAAAUGUUGGGGUACAUUAUGGUUUGACGUGAUUUCUUCAAAGCAAGACUAUAACGAUUUGAACUCUGCAGGUGUUCUGAGUCACAGCUUGUUUGAUUUGCCGAUUUGCGGAACAUCUCCUGUCAUCAACAUACACGGAAACAACAACCACUCCCACGGAAAUAAGAGCAAAUCUAGAGAUCAGCAAGAACGCGAUAACGAUGAGAGACUUGUUAGGAUCAUUUUGUUGGCCAGAAUUCUCGCUGACAAGUAUGACUUUGGAAUCGUGCGUACACUGGACGGCUUCAAAUACGAUGAAGAAAUUUACAAUCAAACUGAAAGAGACUACUUGCUUACAUCUGCUGCUCCAACGUUAACGAAUGAACUAUUCGCAUUCAUCCGUGAGGUGGUUUACGGCGAUGGACGUCUUGUUCAGGACAACUUUGUGAUUCCGAUUUCUCCAGGCAACCUUGUCAAGACUGAGCAUUUGAGUAUGAUUAGUGCCGAAGACAAGGAUGAGCAUUGGUUCAAGCUUCGUAAUCAUACUGGCUGGGACCAGGCAGACGAUGCCAACAACUUGGGAGAAGAAAUGAUCGACGACGAGGAUGAUUUGGCUGGUUAUGCAGACUCUGAGUUUGACGAAGAUGAGACUGAUUACCAAAAGCAAUUAGAAUCACAAGCUUUGAAUCAGUCAAGACAUCUUCAGGACCAUCACUUCUAUCAUCAGCUGCAACAACAACAUGCGCUGAUGGAGAAUGAUUCACGGAAGUUUGGUGAAUUCUACAGUGAUAAUUAUGUCGUUAAUCCUGAACUCCUUCCAGGUAUAGUGAAUACGGAUAUCCAGAUUGAGGGUGACCUCGGAGAUCGAAUGGAUUCCAGUUUGACAUACAUCACUUUGGAUACAAACAUUUGGUUGAAGCACUGUGGACGAAUCUUCAAAUGUGUGCGAAAUGGAGUAUUUAAGGUGCUGAUUCCCUUGAUUGUUUUUCAAGAACUUCGGUCUUUAAGAAAGUCUGCUGAAGCAACUAUUGCUGAUGCUGCUACUAGAUCCGUGAUCAUAAUUCGCGAGUUGUAUUUGGCCCGAGAGGUAGUGCCAUUGCGCUUCGAUGGCACGGUUGCAAGUGACAUCAACGAGACAACUGAGUUCGAGAACAACUCCAAUUGGAUGAGCAACGUUGAUCUGACAAUCUUGAAUGUUGUCAAUGAGCACGACGAGAUCAGCAAGAAGUUGUUGAAGGGUCUCCAUUGUACCAUCAAUGGCCACAAACAGAUCAUUCUUGACAGCAAGUAUGCCAAGAUGUUCCGCUAUUGCAUUUUAAUUACUGAUGACAGAAAUAUGCGGCUCCGCGCAAAGACAUCUGGGCUCACCAGCUACCAAAGCAAAUGGCUCUUUGGCCAGCUUGAGGAGAUGUUCCCCGACAAGUGCAUCGACUAA